AUGGCCCAUCCGACGCGUGGCGCGCUAGACGCGCAGUCGCUCCACCAACUUCAAGAUCUUCAUCGCGACGACUUUUACGUCGAACCUUUCGUCCAACCACAAAUACCUAAUUGCAUCAGCCGGGCUCCUAUGCCUUCGAUUGGCGCGCCUUUGUCGCCGAGCGAGACCUUUCAAAACGCCUAUGGAAACAUGUACGCUGCUAUUCCGCAAUAUCCGCAACCGCAAGGAUUCAACAAGCAAACGUCGCCGUUCAAGGCAAAUGGCAGAGCGACAAAAUCACCCGUGACGCCAUUGAAGGAGCAUGUGAACAAGAUGAACCGAGCAAUUUCACUGCAACCACCAACCGCAGGCAUGCAGCAAACGGAUUCCAUGCAAAAGAAGCAACCAAAAAUGUCGAAAUUCAAGACGGUAUACCAGAAGCCAGUGACGGAUGUAGGCAGCAACUACGAGAAGGAAACGACACAGCCAGCACUGCAACCAGCACCACCCCAUUCAUUCAACAUGAAUGGCGAGGACAACUUUCAAAAGCCGCAAUCCAAGCGCGCACUUCUCGAGGCUGCGCCGAUCAAGGAGUCAAGACCAUCGAGCUCGUCGCAAUCCAACGCCUCCCAGGACGAUCAAGAGGUCGUUCUCCCCCCUCAUGACUCCUUCCCGCCUAUUAUCGACGAUGGAAGGAAACCUGCCCACAGCUACGCGGUCCUGAUCGCCAUGGCAAUCCUGCGAUCUCCGGAAAGGCGCUUGAUGUUGAACCAAAUCUACCAAUGGAUCAUGGAUACGUACUCUUUUUACAACAUGGAGAAUUUGAACGACAAGCAUGGAUGGCAGAACAGUAUUCGACACAACUUGAGUCUAAAUAAGGCUUUCGUUAAGCAGGGAAAGCCCAAAGAGGGUACAGGAUCAUCCAAAGGCCACUGGUGGACAAUUGUCAAGGGAGAGGAGGCUCAGUUCAUCAAGGAGAAGCCGGGCCGUAGGACGCAGAACGGUGCACAGAAUCUGUCCAUCAUCAAUAUGUCCUCUCGCCCAGAACCAGCGCCUGUUGAACAACAGCCCUUCUUCCAAGACGGUCUCUCUGCAUUCCCGGCACCAACACUUCCAGCUCAGCCCAUGGUAUACCCUCAGCCAUCGUUCCCUGCUCCCGCCCUACCUGUGACAUCCGCUCCGGAGCUUUCGUCCGAUGCCACUAUUCCUCUGUCUGAUAAUCUCACACCCGAUGAGCAAGUGGCCAAGAUAGAUGCUGAUGGGUCAGCGGAGAACGCGUAUUCCCCCUUCCCAGCAGAGAUGCACUCGUCUCCUCCUAUUCCGCGCCAUGUGGACCGCAGCAACACACCCCCGCCAGUAUCUCGGGCUCCGGCAUCUUCGGGUGCACGAACGCACAAACGCAAAUUUGCCUCAAUGGACGACAGCGGCUACAUUUCGUCCCUGGAGUCUUCGGCAAUGCGCCCCAACCAGCGCCUCAGCUCGGAAGCAGAUCGUCCCCGAAUCAAGCGUGGCCGUGCAGAGGAAGAGAUUGCCCGCCUCCGAGCAUCUUCGUAUGACAGUCCUACCAAGGCUCGCUCUUACGGAAUCAUGCAACCUUCCUCUUCCCCGUUCCGCCACACGAGUGAUGCACACCAAAUGCCCCCACCACUGACACCUGCACUGAAGAAGCGUGCACCACUCAUGAGACCACCCCCGUCAGUUUCCCCAAACACGAACCUGCGAUUGCAUCGCGAUCGUGUCAAGGGUAUGCUUGAAUCGCCCCUCCGCCGGGCUGCUAGCAACUUCAGCGAGGAGAUCAUUAUGCCCUACAGUCCGCAUUUCAGCCUGGAUCACACCAUGUUUUCUAAUGACCUUAUUGGCGCCAGCAAUGACUUUGACAUUUGGCAAGACAAGACCGGAGACACCUUUUUCGAUGCAGCCAACAACGGCUCGCCCAUCAAGCGCUCGGUCAAGAGAUUACGCCCAGAGAGAACACAUUCAGCCAAUGCUCUUGUCGAUGUGACUAGCUCGGCAGCCAACCGCUCAAUCACCUCGGCGGCGCACCUCAAAGUUCCGGAGACUUUUGCCAUCCCUUACGAGACGCCAAGCAAGGUUUUGGAAGGGAUGUUCUCUCCAAGCAAAUACCUUCAGCAGUCUCCGGGUGUAGAUCAAGCUACUGCUUUCGCAUCUCUUCCGCUUGCUUCACCGUCCAAGGAUGGUGGCUUCACCGACUUUAAUGAUUAUUUCACACGAUUCGAUUUUGAGAACGAUGAGAACCCCGGCUUGGAUCUUCUCAGUGGAAAGUUUACAAAAAUCGGCAGCAUCAAACCAAUGAACGGUACGGCUGGAGCCUCAAAGCCAACGUUGGGUCGCAGUUUCACCACCACUUUCUAA